CUCUCUCUCUCUCACACACACAAAACACACACACACAAUCUCUCUCUCUCUCUCUCUCUCUCUUUCUCACUCCAAAAUUCGCCGUCUCUUCUCUCUCUACACUCCCCCGUUCAUCUCACUCUCGCUGUAGUCGCAAAUCAAGGUCCUCUAAUCAGCCAUGGAAAAUGCAAAUCCUCCGCCAACUCCUAGUGCGCAAGUGGUUGGAAAUGCCUUCGUUGAGCAGUAUUACCAUAUCCUCCAUCACUCUCCGGAGCUGGUUUACCGAUUUUACCAGGAUUCGAGUGUGUUAAGUAGACCAGAUUCUAGUGGUCUUAUGACAACUGUGACGACAAUGGAAAGCAUAAACGAUACGAUAUGCUCCUUGGACUACAAGAACUACAAGGCGGUGAUAAAAACUGCUGAUGCUCAAAAUUCCUUUAAUGAGGGGGUGAUCGUCCUUGUCACAGGGUGCUUGACUGGAAAGGACAAUAUGCAAACAAAGUUCGUACAGACAUUUUUUCUUGCUCCUCAAGACAAAGGGUACUAUGUUUUAAAUGAUGUUUUCAGGUAUGUGGACGAGAGUGAUCCAGAAAUUAGGGCAGUGGUGCCAAUUGUGGUUAAUGACAUACCAUCAAGUACUAUGACACAAGAUCAAGAGCCUCCUCAGGUGGUUGAUCCUCUUAAACCAGAUGACACAACUCCUCACAUGGAGGAAAUUAAGACUAUUGAGGAGAAAGAAAACGACAAAGUGGUCGAUGAGAGACCAGUUAUUGACAAUAGAGAUAUUGUGAUGGAAACUGAAGUUCAUUUAAAAGAGAAUCAUGCAUCGGUAGCAGAAGAACGAGUAACUUUGGCAUCUCAAGAGGAUGCUCCAAAGAAGUCAUACGCAUCAAUUCUUAGCUCACAAACAAAGAAGGCUCCUACUAAAGUAUAUAUUCCUGCAAAUACAGCAAGAGUAUCUUCUGCAAAGACUGAGAAGCAAUCCAUUAAUCCAGUUACAGAGGCUUUGACCUCUGAAGCAUCAGCUCCUCUUGCACCUGUAAAUGCACCAGAAAGUGAUGAUUCGCAGGAUGAAGUUGAUGGUCAUUCUAUAUACGUCCGCAAUUUGCCUCCAAAUGCAACCGUUGCUCAACUUGAAGCUGAAUUCCAGAAAUUUGGACCUAUUAAGCAAAACGGGAUCCAAAUCAAAAGUAAUCAGCCAACAGGAUUCUGUUAUGGCUUUGUCGAGUUUCAAGAAUUCAGCUCCAUGCAAAGUGCAAUUAAAGCUUCUCCUAUCAUGAUCGAGGAUCAUAAGGUUUCUGUGGAGAUAAAGAGAACCACAACCCGAGCCCCCCUUGCAGUCGGUGGAGGGAGGGGUCGUUUUACAAGUCCACGUGGAGCGUUUCGUGGAGAUAGUAACUUCAGGGGUCGUGGAAACUUCAACGGGGGUCGGAGCUAUAUGGGAAAUGACAGCUUCAGGGGUCGAGGAAAUUUUAGUGGGGCCCGCAGGAGAGAAGGCUAUCAACAAGGAAGAGGAACGGGCCCAAAUCCUGAUUUGGCUUCUCCGUAAAUUCAAAGUGAGAUUUAUAUAUAAAUAUAAAUAUAAUCGGUACCAAUUUUGAUAAGAGUUUUUACUGCAUAUGUGGUCACCUGAACGGUAAAAUGAGACUAUUCUUAGUUUAGUUACCAGUAAUUCUUUUUAAAUGUAGAAGGAAGGGAGGCCAUUUCACAGCGUUGAGGAAUGUUAUUCGUAAAAUGACCAAAUGUUAUUUGUCUGGUGAGGAGUUUUCUUGGUCUUUGCAUA